AUGAAGGUAUUUGCUAAACCAAUAUCCAGUCCAGGAAGAACAGACGAGUUCCCACCGCCAUUGAUGAUGAGAUUUCCAAGAAGCAAAAGCAGUAGAGGAAGCAGGUCACGUGCUAACCCUAUGUUUAUUCGUAAAAUCAACGCUGCUAACGACACUACUCAAGAGCCAUCGUCCCCCAAAGUCACGUGCAUCGGCCAAGUCCGAGCCAGACGUUCCAACAAGAAGCAAACAACCACCGCCUUCCGCCGCUGUCAAUGGUUUCGAAAACUCCAACCAGAGUGUUUCCGACGCGUUUGGAGAAGAAGUCUCUCGUUUCUCCGAUGUGAAUAUGGCGGAAAAUCGAGAAAAUUACAGGAAUCGGAACAGAUCGAAGGUAAUCAGAAAAACGAGCACCGAAAACGAGAAAUCCAAGAUGUAAUUGUAGCUGAUGAUAACAAGGUCUUGAUUUCGGAAUCUCCACCUAGAAAUGCUUUUUUGUUGACGAGAUCUAGGUCUGCUCCGUAUAGAUCUUCAUCUUUUGCAAGCAAAAAUUGGGACGUAACGAUGGAGACAACAGGGAGGAGAUUGCCAGAAAAUACAGGAAUUGAAGAAGAAACUGAAUCAAUUAAUGUAAAAAUUGAGGUAGAAAAUGGAGAAGAUGAAGGCUCCAUUAAUGGAGUUGAAGAAUUUAAAGCAAAACCAUUGAAUUUGAGCAGGUGUAAAUCUGUUCCAGCAAGAACAGGGGAUAAGCUUUCUAUGAGUUUCAGUUCAUAA